AAUUCUUGCUAUACAUAUAUAUUUAACUCGUAACCCUUAAUUUGAGCUAUAAGAAAAUAAAAAUCAACAAUUCAAAUACAUAAAAUGGAGCAAUACUUCAUAGAUGAUUUUGGACCUAAAUAUAGCAAUUUACCAAUGGAAAUCUUGGUCAAAAUAUUUGGAUAUCUGAAUCCCGGAGACAGAUUCGCUGUUGGUCUUACAUGCAAACGAUGGUUGGAAGCAACGCAAUAUCAACAUUUCAUCAGCGAUGUUUGUCUCAGCUUUUUUAAGUCGCAUUUUAAUGAUACAACAAGCCCUGUAUCCGAAUUGCUUAAAAGCUGCCGACAAUUUCAAAAUAUUUGUUUUACGCAAGUGGAAUUUAAUGAAAUUGAACAAUUUUUUACCCGUUUCGGCUACCAUAUUCAGGAUUUGAAUAUCAAAGUUUGUGAUAUUCGAGAGAAAACCUUCAUUAUAAUGUUAAUGAUGGUACCCAAUUUGCGUACUUUGAGGGUGGAAGGAUGUCGAGAAUUGCUUAUGUCAGGCAGACUGUUUGAACCUGGCCCAGACCAUCAAAUAUUAGCAUGUACGUUACAGAACGUGACUACGCUCAGUUUGGGGUAUAAUCGCUAUUUAUCUGAUGCGUUAUUCAAGCGAAUUGUUUCCCUAAUGCCAAAUUUGGAAGAUUUAAAUCUAUCCGGCUGUUCAAUUUCAUUUCACAAAGGUCUCUACCGAAAAUUCUAUCCAGGUCGUCCGGAUGACGCUUCAGAAAACGUGUUAACAUUUCAUUAUAUAUCUCAAUUUAUAGAACGACAAGCUGAAAAAAUGAAGAAACUAAAUUUUAGCUCUACACUAAUUGAUGGCGAUGCACUUGAAGUUUUAGCUAGGUUCAGUUCACUCAACCUUGAAAGUUUUGAUUUGAAUUCCUGUGAUCAGUUAACCAACCCUGGAAUAACGGCCCUUGCGCAAUCAAAAUUUACCCUUCAACAUUUGGAUUUCUCUAAAUCAGUUCGUUUUACUGACACGUGUUUGCACAAGAUUUGUCUACAUUUACCGAAUCUUGUAUCUCUAAAAGUACGUCGAUGUCGGGCAUUGACGGACCUCGGAAUAAUAGAGAUAGUUCGCUUGGAAAAACUUCAAGUGUUGGACAUUUCUGAAUGCGAAUCUGUGACAGGGCAAGGUGUCAUAAAAGGAAUCGCCUCAAAAUUUAAUUCCACUUUACAUGAACUAUACGUAAGUGCACUAAAUUUGUGCGAAAGCUCAGUGACGAAAAUUGCGGAGAACUUUCCUUCGCUGCGAGUACUCGAUCUCAGCUAUUGUUUCCAUUCAGUUUCGGAUUUAUGCUUGCAAAUAAUAUUCAAAAACUUAAUAUGGUUGAGACAUUUGAACUUGGACUGUUGUGAUAAGAUUUCUGAUAGUGCCAUGACUGGAGUUGGAAUGCUCCAGAAAGUUCAAGAUUUUGAAUCCAAUAAGACAACAUUCACCCAAAAUGUAGCAUCCAGUAGCUCUGCUAGUGAACAAAAUGAUCAAAUAUCACCAAUUUUAAAUCGUCCAUUGACAAGCAAUAUUCCAGAAGAGCCUCUGAAAAUUUCACUCAGAAGCAAAGCAGAACAGGAAAUUGUUAAUGACGCCAUGCGUAAGAGAGCCAUGAUGGAAAUCUGUCAACAUAAAGAGUUUCACAGAGAUGUUGCUAGCACAGGAUACUCAAUCGAACGCCUUAAAGGGUUACGAGUCUUACGACUAUCACAGUGCAAUAAGCUAUCAGAUAUUUCAUUGAUGUAUGCUUUCAAUUUGAAGGAAUUGAAAGAAAUCAGCUUGGCAAAAUGUCAGCAAGUAUCGGCUGUUGGCAUAAAAUCAUUGGUGCAGAAUUGCCCAUCCCUUGAAGUAGUGGAUCUGAGUGAAUGCCACAAUGUGAAUGAUAAAGCAAUCGAAUUAAUUGCGAUGCAUUUGAGGAGAUUACAGACAUUGUCUCUUGAGCGCUGCUUUCAACUAUCUGAUUUCAGCUUGGACUACAUUGCAAUCCACUGCAAAGCAUUACGUAUACUGGAUGUCAGAGGAUGUCGUAACAUGUGCGCUGAACCAAAUCUUCGAGUAAUCAAUGUGCCCACAUUGCGGACAGUUCACAUGAGCAAGCCUGGGCCUUACAUGGGCGAACCCGGAUAUUUUGUUAAGAAGCCACCACCACCACCGAUGCCAAAACGCAUUUAAUAUUUACUACUACUAGACGCUGGAGGUUUAUUUAUUGUUGUUUUGAUAUUGAUUAUUUAUUUCUUAUUAUUUUAAAACAAUUUAUAUUAAAUCUACUUCAAUAUAUGUAAAAUAAUUUUCACAAAUAUAUGAUUGUAUAUAUCA